CAUGUCUCCAAUAAUGCGGAGCGUCUGCUGCCGUUGCAUCACGGCCCAGUGACAGAUAGGCAGGGCCCGCCGCCCUAGCCCAAAUGCCCUCCCACCCCGGCGCCUAAGAUCACUCAAGUCUUACCGUCUCGUAGACCCCUGGUCAGUUCCCCCCGGUCAUUCCACUGGACUGUAAAAUAGGUCUGGGUCCCUGCCAUCUGGGCGUCAGCACGACAGACGACUUUAUCUCCCAAGCCUUUCAACGAGAACGAGCGCGACGACCCACGCUGCACUGCAGCAACACUACCCGAGCUUGCAGCGCCCGCUGUUGUUCUCUUUGGCUCACAUCCGGACUUGCUGCUGUCAUCCACAAUGGUCGUCGACGACGACAUGUACGGCACCGAAAAGAGCUUUGGAAGGGGAUCGCAAAACUCAGAUUACUAUGGCGAGAGCUCCGCGCGUCGAGGCGGGAUAGCUAUGAGGGUGCUGGACAGUUUCAAGAGGGAUCCCAACUCGGUUUUGCCGCUGAAAGGAGGCUCGGGCGUCGAUGGAACCGUCUACGAUGUCGAGCAGGCGGCGGCGAACACGGCGAGCUCACCACUGGCACGGAAGCUAAAAGGCCGUCACUUGCAGAUGAUUGCGAUCGGAGGCUCAAUAGGUACGGGUCUCUUCGUCGGUUCGGGUCAGGCACUAGCCAAUGGUGGGCCAGCAGCGCUAGUGAUAGCGUACUGCUUGGUUGGUAUCAUGCUGUACUGCACCGUCCAUGCCCUGGGUGAGAUGGCAGUCUUGUUCCCCGUUGCUGGUUCCUUCUCGGCCUACUCGACUCGCUUCAUCGACCCGGCGUGGGGGUUUGCCAUGGGAUGGAACUAUGCUCUGCAAUGGCUCGUCGUCCUGCCGCUUGAAAUCGUUGCUGCGACUUUCACUAUCGAGUACUGGACCAAGGACGACCACAUCAUCGACAACAACAUCUACGUUACCAUCUUCUUAGUCCUCAUCGUCAUCAUCAACCUGUUUGGUGUCAAAGGGUACGGCGAGGCUGAGUUCGUCUUUGCCAUCAUCAAGAUCACUGCCGUGAUUGGGUUCAUCAUCCUCGGUAUCAUCAUCAACAUCGGUGGCGGACCAGAUGGGGGCUACAUCGGUGGCAAGUUCUGGCGCGACCCAGGGCCUUUCAACAAGCAGAACGGUUUCAAGGGCGUUUGCAGUGUCUUCGUGAACGCUGCCUUUGCCUUCUCCGGAACCGAGCUGGUUGGCCUGGCAGCAGCAGAAACCGCCAAUCCUCGCAAGUCUCUUCCUACCGCUGUCAAGCAGGUCUUCUGGCGAAUCUCCCUGUUCUACAUUGUCUCGCUCACAGUCGUUGGUCUGAUUGUAUCGCAAGACAACCCGAACCUUCUGCAAAAUAAGAAUGGCGUCAACGCAGUCGCGUCUCCGUUCGUCAUCGCAAUCGAAAACGCCGGCAUCCAAGGUCUUCCCUCCGUCUUCAACGCAGUCAUCAUGAUCGCCGUGCUCUCCGUCGGCAACUCCUCCAUCUACGGUUCCUCCCGCACCCUCGCCGCGCUCGCAGAGCAACACCAAGCGCCCAGGAUCUUCGCAUACAUCGACCGCCAAGGCCGGCCUCUUGUCUCCAUCGCCCUCGCGCUCAGCAUCGGCCUCCUCGCCUACCUUGCCGGCACAGACGACAGCCUCCGCGACGACGUCUUCAACUGGCUUCUCGCCCUCUCCGCCCUCUCCUCUGUCUUCACCUGGCUCUCCAUCUGCCUGUCGCACAUCCGCUUCCGCAAGGGCUGGCGCGUGCAGGGCCACAGCCUCUCCGAGCUCGCCUUCCUCUCCCAGCCGGGGCUGAUCGGGUCGUACAUCGGGCUCCUCCUCAACGCGGUCGUGCUCAUCGCGCAGUUCUGGGUCGCCUUUGCGCCGCUGGGCGAAUACAGAGAUCUGUCCACGAGCGUGCGGCUGCAGCGCUUCUUCAGCGUAUACCUCGCGCUCCCCGUCACCAUCGCCUUCUACAUCCCGUACAAGCUGUACUACCGCACGAGCGUGGUGCGCAGCCACAACAUGGAUCUGCACACGGGCAUUCGCGAGCUGAACAUCGAGGUACUGAUCGAGGAGGAGCGCGAGGAGCGCAAGAAGUGGCCGCGUUGGAAGAAGUUGUACAAAUUCAUGUGCUGACAGCCGCGAGCGCGUGCUCUUCCGCAGCGCCUCGGCGCAGUCUGUUCCUUGCAGCGUUCUCGCAUCGCAUUUCGUUUAUCCGCGCCGGAGUUGAUACCAGGCGGCAUGCUCCCCGCAUCGCGCAGCCUUUGCACGUUUUCUGUUGUACGCAUUACUAGAGCAAGGAAAGUGUAGAUAGGGAGAGACUAGGCGCAGCAUUGGAAUGGUAAUGAAGCAGCUUCGACAUUGCACAUGCAGCAUAUACAGCAUAUACAAAGAUGGCAUUGCCCUAACGCGUCUUCCAACUCCCGACCGUUGCUCGUGAUGCUGGCUCGCUAAAGCCCCGCCGACC